AUGAAAUUCAACAAUUCCCUUUACAUUAUUUUUAUCGCUUCGGCUCUUGCGGCUCCAGUCGCAAAUUUUGAUGCUUACUCCGCAAACACGCCAGCUCAGUACUUGAAGGCCCGAGGAAGUGGUUCAGGUAGUGGUGGUAGUGGUGCCAGUUCUAGCGCCAGUUCUGGUCGAGGGGGGUCAAGCUCCAGUGCAGGAUCUGGUGGCAGCGGAGCAAGUUCUAGCGCCGGAAAUGGUGGCUCCAGUUCCAGUGCUGGUAGCAGUGAUAGCGGAGCAAGUUCGAGUGCUGGAUCUGGUGGAGCUAGUUCGAGUGCUGGAUCUGGUGGAGCUAGUUCGAGUGCUGGAUCUGGUGGCUCUAAUUCGAGUGCAGGCUCAGGCUCAGGCUCUGGUGCAGGCGCUAGUGCCAGCUCUGGAUCAUUGAAACCAGCUGCUGCUGCGGCGGCAAGUUCUGGUGGUUCAGAAACAUCAUCAGGAGUCAAAGUUGUUACUGGAAAGACUUCAGGAACCACAGCUAGCACAGGUAGUACCGGUGGCACUACUUCUGGUAAAACUUCAGGCACAACAGCCAGCUCAGGCACGGCCAGUUCAGGUAACAGUUCAGGUAACAGUUCAGGUACGGCCAGUUCAAGUUCUUCGAAACCAGCUUCUUCCUCUGGUGGUUGCUCUGGAAAUAAGACUUCUAGCAAGAGUUCCUGCUCUUCUACCAGAUCUGGUAGUGCUCCUUCAUCUACUUCUAGCACCGCUUUUGCUUCCACAAGUACUCAUACAGCAACUUCUAGCACUCCUGCCACAUCCACCACAACUAGCAAGCCCUCUUCAACAUCAAGUGGCACUGUUGUUUCUACUUCUAAACCUAUGAGUUCAUCUAGUGGUUCUAAAUCUUCAGGGUCUGCUGGGUCUGCUGGCUCUACUUCUAAGCCGACUACAUCUUCAUCGAGUACUAAGUCAUCGGGAUCUAAUGUUUCCAGUGGUACCACAAUUUCAAAGCCUGCAACAUCAUCCUCAGAGACCUCCACCACUUCUUCGAAACCUGCAACUUCUUCAAGUUCCACUUCUUCGUCUAAGCCAACCACUUCUUCUGGUACAGGUUCUUCUGCUAGUUCUGGCACCUCUUCAUCAAGUCCGGCAUCAGCAGCAGCCGGUUCUUCUGGUAGCGGCAAAACUGUCAAUGUUGGUUCAACUUCUAAUGGUAGUGCUGCCGCAGGUUCGGCCACAGGACAAAAUGCUGGUGCUAUUGUCAGUACCUUUAAAGGUUCUGGGGCUAGUGCAGCAAGCUCUGGUAAUGGAUCUGGCUCAGGCUCCGGAUCCAGUGGUAAAGGAACUACCACAACUGUGAGCUCAGGUACUAAUGGAAAAAGUGUAACCGCAAGCUCUGGCUCAACUGGAGGAUCGGGAUCAGGAUCAGGAUCUGGGUCAGGAUCAAACGGCGGAUCAGGGUCAGGAUCUGGAAGUGGUGGCACUGGAGGAUCGUCGGCAGCAGCAUCUUCGUCAGGCAAUUCAGGGAAAAGUGGGGCUACUACUUGCGGUUCCACAUCUUCGACCAAAAAAACCUGUUAA